AAAUAGAAAAAACUGGAGUGGGUAAUAGCGAUUUUCGGAGGGCUGAUUUAUGAAUUUACUGUAUAUUCCGGGGUGGCAGAUAUCGGACAUUCCUAUUUCUCACCUCUUCACUCCUCUCACUCGUCCCUGGUGCCCUUGGUCUCGCUACCCUACGAAUCAGACUGGGAAGCAAGGAUGGUGAUUAUGUCUCUUCGUUCUGUGCUCCGAAAGCUGGGUACUAAUCGAUCCACUUACAGUAACAUUAGAAGCGCCGUGCUUGGGGCUUCUCAGAGCGCGGCUGUCAACAACAAUUUCAGAAAUCCCGAGGCCAAGCCCGUGUCUUCAGUAGAGUCUAGUGCUGGUUAUUGUUGUCACCAUGUUUCUGAUGAUGGAUACCUCGCAAUGCAAUCGAGGACGACGGCCCCUCGCUUUCCCUGUUCUGGGCAGGAAUUUGAUUAUUAUAUCAAUUUAAAAGGACGGGGAUUAGAGGCUGCCCGUUUUGCCACACAAGAGUUCAACAAGCAAAAGAAUGCCCAACUGCAGUUUGUUAGAAUGCUGUGUGCUAACAGGCGGAGGCUUAACAAUGGUCCUCAUUACAUGUAUUUUAUAUUGCUUGAGGCAAUGGAUGGUGGUGAGCUGAAAGUCUACCAGGCACAUGUUUCGCCAGAUUUCACCGGCGGCAUGUCUUUGCAAUUCCUUGGUCGUGUCGUGGAGAAGGGGUCUCCUGUAAAAUUAUUUGAUCCCCUGGAUAACUUUUGGGACUGAAGGUGGUUCGCUGUGGCUGCUGAAAGAAGCAUCAAUUAGAAAUCGGUUUUUAUUUAAUUAAACUAGAUUAGUGAAGGUGGAUGACUCUUACCUGCUAUGGAACGUCGUAACUCUAACCCUAGCUUGCAGACUUUCCUAUUAUUUCAACUUUGUUGUGGGAUUAGAAGUAUGAAACUUUGGCUGGCAUGCCAUUCUCAUCACUUUGAACUUAAUGCAGCAAAUUUUAUUGCUAUC